AUGAAGUCGUAUCCUAUUCAAGCUCUAACAAAUAAGAUCUCUUUGCCAAGAAAAUUAUCUGGAAAAAUUGCACCUAUACAACAACAUCAACAACCACCAAAAUAUGAUGAAUCUAAUCUUUCAGGAACAGUUCGAUCCAAUGACUUUCUUAUUAAAGCUCAAGCUUUUGCGCCGUUACCGCCAAUAAAACCAGUUGUAAAAUCAAGAAAGGAUCUUGAAAAUGAUUUCCAAUCAUAUCACGAUAAAAGAAUUUGUAGUGUUCGUUCAGCAAUUACUACAUUUAUUAUCAUUAUUAUACUUUUUAUUAUUACUGGUGUUAUCAUAGGCAUUGCAUUUGCUGUUAUUAAUUCGCAAAAUUCAUCUGGAACUGCGAAUAAUAAUAAUCAGAAUUCACUUUCUACGCCAUCAACAGUAUCAGUAACGAGUAGUGUAAUUAUUGGUAGUCAAACUGGAUCAUCAUGUUCAAGUUAUACACAAAUCAAUGAUCCAACACGAAGUAUUUCAACUACUGGAUUAACUAGUUCUUGUGACAAUAGUUAUAUAUUUAAUUCAAGUAAUGGUGGUGCUUGGAUUCGAUUUGUUGGUUCUGGUGGUACAGCACUCCCUACAUCCUCACCAGGUUUGAAUCAUUGUGGUGGGUAUUUAUCUGGUUGGUAUAAUAAUUCAUUACCAACAACAACGAAUACCAUUGUAACUGGAACAGCAUGCUUCGAAACUUACAGCGGUACAUGUGGAUUUGCUGUUGAUAUAUCCGUAAUCCUUUGUCCUGCUUCUACUAAUUAUUAUGUUUUUUUUCUACCACCUCUGUAUGUUUGUAAUGCACGUUAUUGUACAACUUGA